AUGGACAUGGAGAGCGACGAGGCCGCCGCGCGCUCCCUCGCGGCCGUCCCCGGAGGCGGCGGGAGUGAUUUCUUGAGCCGCCUCCCCGACCACCUCCUCGUCGACAUCCUCCUCCGCCUCUGCACCAAGGAUGCCGUCGCGACGACCGUCCUCUCCAGGCGAUGGCGCGCCGUAUGGCCUGGGCUCCCCCACCUCAACUUCGACGGCGUCGACCCCUCCGUACCCGCCCGUGCGCUCGCUUCCUACCAGGACCUCGCCGCAUUCGACAUCCAGCGCCUCGCCGUCUCGCCCAAUCAGGUGGACGCGCAGGAGACCUCCGCCUGGCUUGCCCUCGCCGCGCCCCGCCUCACUGGCCCGCUACACUUAGACAUCAGCCGUGCUCUUUCGGAGGAGGCAUUGGAUGACCUCCUCAUGGCGGACGAGGUCGAUGACGACGACCAGGAGGCCUUGGAGUUCCCCUGCUUUGUCAGAGCCACGGAGAUUCGACUUGACCUGGCGUUUCUUGCCCCGGUGUUGCCACCAAUUGGCGUCUUCGAGGCGCUUAGGUCGAUCUUCCUGCAUAAUUUUCGAUGCCAAGGCCAGAUCAUCUUCAACGACAUGGUGUUUCCUUCCCUGCAACAUCUGACCAUGAACAGGGCCCGUUGCCUGAACGUGCUGAUCAACUCCAACGCGCUGGUAUCCGUUCACCUAUCUUACUUCAUGCUGCUGCAGCAGCUUGCCAUCAUGGCUCCAGGGCUACAGCAGCUAGAGGUGCUGUGCUGCUUCUAUGACGCGCCCAUACCAGUUGCCAACAUUACUGCGGAAAGCUUAGAGGUUCUCAGCUGGGAUGGGCCGUAUGACGCAGAGUUUGUUCACUUUGGAGAGAUGCCUUGCCUCUGGAGGCUCAGAGCCCCUCCCAUCUUCACACUUCGGUGGCAGGAAUUUCAGAUGGCUCAGAUUUGUGCAAGGUUUCUAAAUCGGUUUGCAGCAGUUAAUCAGCUGGAGCUUCACAUGAGUCUUGGCUGUGCCUUUGAGAUUGAAUUGCGUUGUGACGAAGCAAGAUCAUAUUGCAACAUGAGAUUUGCUCACAAAUAA